AUGCUAAUCCCUCGUGCAGAAGCCGGGCCGUCAAGGACAAAGCUCGCGAAGGAUGUUGUGCCUCCAUCUGCCUCCCGCCAAACAUACGAACGUCGCUACGCCCCGGGUUCUCGUCAGGGACAGCCAAAAGUCGAAGAUGCCGCUCCAACCUAUUCGCGCGAAGACCCCCCACAUGUCGGUGUAAAGCCAGUCAUCUCCCGUCCAGCCCGCCUUCGUCGUCUCGGCACCCGGGAGGAAGACCUCAACACCCCCCGACCGCGCUCGACGCUCACCGUGGCCGAGGACGACCGCCCGGCGGACCUUCCGGUCUCCUUCAACGCAAACCUCACCGACCCAGCCAAGUCCGCCCCCACCUCCACCAAAGCUGACCUCCCUGACUCCUUCGCCGCGCCCCCACUCCUGCCGGGCCUCGUGCAGGGCCUCCAAGAGGCUCUCGGCCCCGACGCGCAGCCGACCCCGAUCCAGGCGCUCGCGAUCAAGCACCUCCUCCCCCCUCCGAAGCACGAGUACCACCAGUGCCUGCUGGCGUCCGAGACCGGCUCGGGCAAGUCGAUCGCGUACCUCCUCCCGCUCGUCCAGGACCUCAAGCGGACCGAGGUGGAGGGCACCGCGCGCCUCGGCCCCGCGGACGCGACGCGUCUCGCGCUGAACCCGCGCGCGCUCGUCCUCGCGCCCACGCACGAGCUCGUCCGGCAGCUGGCCGGGUUCGCGAAGGAGCUCGUCCACCACGCGAAGCUCCGCGUGCAGUGCGCGUCGCGCGCGAACCAGGCGACCCGCAAGGCGCCGCUCGGCGCGUCCGUCCCAGCCGGCGCCGAGGGGGACGAGGGCGGCGAGUUCGUCGUUUCCCGGGAGAGCGGGGCGGGGCACAAGGUCGACAUCUUCGUCGGGACGCCGUCGAAGGUGCUCGAGCUCAUGCACGGACGCGGGUGGGACGUCGAGGAGCGAGAGCGGAAGCGCAGGGGCCUCGCCGACAUCGAGUGGGUGGUCGUAGACGAGGCAGACGUCCUCUUCGACCCCGACUUCUCCGCGCAGACGCGCCGGAUCCUCGCCGAGGUCUCCGCCGCGCGCGGCCGCCCCGUCCCGCUUAAGUUCGCGGACCCGCGCGGCGCGCCCCCCGCGCCCGCCGAGCACCCCUUCCACCUCGUGCUCGCCUCCGCGACGAUCCCCGUCUACCUCGCCGCGCACCUCGCCGCCGCGCACCCGCGCAUGGCGCGCCUCGCGUCCCCGCGCCUGCACCGGCUCCCCGCCGCGCUCCGGCUCGAGCACGUGCCGUGGACGAGCGGGAACCGCGACGCGGACGUCGAGCGCCGCCUCCGCCGCGUGUGGGAGGCCGACGCCGCCGCGGGCCACCCCCCGAGCCGCGUGCUCGUGUUCUGCAACAAGCGCGCCAGGGGCGCGAUCCUCGCCGACUUCCUCGGCCGCAAGGGCGUCAAGACCGUCGCGCUCUCCGCCGCGAGCGAGGAGCGCCUCCGCGGCUCGAACAGGCACGUCGCGCCGUUCCUCCGCGCGCGCGCAAGGGACGUGAGCGCGGACGGCGAGGACGGCGACGCGUCGGCGAAGGAGGUCGAAGAGGCCCACGAGGUCGAGACGGAGGAUGGGCUCCCCGCAACGACGACGGCGACGGCGCCGGCGGACGUGUCGGAGACGCCGCACGUGCUCGUGACGACAUCGAUGCUCUCGCGCGGGCUCGACUUCGCGCCGGACGUGCGGCACGUGUUCAUCGUCGACCCGCCGCGGAACACGGUCGACUUCCUGCACCGCGCCGGCCGCGUCGCGCGCGCGGGGCUCCCCGGCAAGGUCGUCGUCUUCGGCAAGGACCACGGGCGCGGGCGGAGGCCGCACGGCACGUCCGCGAGAAGCCCGUCUUUGGAAGACGGCGGUGGGUGGGAGAGGGAAGGCGGCUGA